AGAUACAUAUUUUUUUUGAACAAUAAAACAUGGUAGACAACUUUAAAGUUUGCAGUUAGGCUGGAUUACAGAAUUUAUAUUAGUUAUCAAAAGUCAUAUUUUUAUGUUAAAAAAGAAGAUUUUGAAAAAAGUAUCUUCUUUUUUAUGAAAAACGAAUUAAAAAAAAUAUUUCCAAAUCCAUAAGGAAAUAACCCAAUUAUUAACCUUUCUUCAAAGUAUUUUUCGUCGUGGUAACAUUACUAUUGAAAUUGUUACUUUCUCCUAAAUAAAUCAGAUCAAUUUUAACCACACCUCCUUUUACUCAUAAUUCGUGUGUAAUAAGGAUAGUAGUAUAUCAUUUUCCUCAAUAUUCAUAAAAAAUUGCAUCAUUUAAAUAAAUUGAAUUGGAUUGAAAAAUAAAAACGGUAAUCCAUUAUGGUUGUAACAAUGACUGCAAAGGAAGUAAGAAAUGCUUAUAUAGAUUUCUUUAAAGAGAAAAACCACACUUACGUACAUUCUUCCUCUACAAUUCCUUUAGAUGAUCCGACAUUACUCUUUGCGAAUGCUGGUAUGAACCAAUUUAAAUCUAUCUUUUUAGGAACGGUAGAUCCAAAUAGCGAUCUAUCAAAAUUAGUACGCGCCGUAAAUACUCAAAAAUGUAUCAGAGCUGGUGGGAAACAUAACGAUUUAGAUGAUGUAGGAAAAGACGUGUACCACCAUACUUUUUUUGAAAUGAUGGGAAAUUGGUCUUUCGGCGACUAUUUUAAAAAAGAAGUUUGUUCAUGGGCCUGGGAGUUUUUAACACAGAGAUUAAAAUUAGAUGCAGACCGGUUGUACGUAACAUACUUUGGAGGUGAUGCGGCAUCUGGAUUAGAACCUGAUAAUGAAUGUAAACAGAUUUGGUUAAAUCUUGGUGUUAAACCAUCACAUGUUCUUCCCGGUAGUUUGAAGGAUAACUUUUGGGAAAUGGGUGAAACAGGCCCUUGCGGUCCUUGUUCAGAACUCCACUAUGAUAGAAUAGGAGGUAGAGAAGUACCGCAUCUAGUAAAUAUGGACGAUCCAGAUGUUUUGGAGAUAUGGAAUCUAGUAUUUAUCCAAUACAACAGAGAAACUGAUGGCAGCUUGAAACCUCUACCUAAAAAACAUAUAGAUUGCGGACUCGGUUUGGAAAGGUUGAUAUCUGUUAUACAAGACAAAAGGUCUAAUUACGAUACAGAUCUGUUUGUACCUAUAUUUGAAGCUAUACAAAAAGGUACAGGAGCACGCCCGUAUGAAGGUAAAGUUGGGGAAGAUGAUAAGGAUGGUAUAGAUAUGGCAUAUAGGGUAUUAGCGGAUCAUGCUAGAACUUUAACUAUAGCUUUAUCAGAUGGUGGAAAUCCGGAUAAUACUGGAAGAGGUUACGUUUUGAGGAGGAUUUUAAGGAGAGCUGUUAGAUAUGCUACAGAAAAAUUGAAUGCAAAACCUGGAUUUUUUUCUACUUUAGUUAAUAUCGUCGUUGAAAUUUUAGGAGACACGUUUCCAGAAGUAAAAAAAGAUCCACAAGCUAUCAUUGAUACUAUUAAUGAAGAAGAAGAACAAUUUUUGAAGACGUUAUCAAGAGGUAGAAACUUAUUAAACAGAACGAUUACCAAAUUAGAUAAAAAUUGCAAAGUUUUACCUGGAGAUGUCGCUUGGCGUUUAUACGACACUUACGGAUUUCCUGUAGAUCUAACUUCAUUAAUGGCAGAAGAAAAGGGAUUGAAUGUUGAUAUGAAUGCUUACGAAGAAUCAAAAAGACAAGCACAGAUAACGUCUCAGGGUAAAGGAACUGGAGUAGCAGAUACUAUCAAUUUGGACGUACACGCAAUUACGGAACUCCAAAAUGAAGGCAUACCACCUACUGAUGAUAUCGCAAAAUAUGCAUAUGAUUCCACAGAAUCUCCAAAUUCUGAGUAUAAGUUUGAACCAUGUGAAGCGACAGUUAUAGGAUUGAGAUUCGAUAAAAAAUUUGUCGAAGAAGUCCAUACUGGACAAGAAUGUGGAAUUCUUUUAGAUAAAACCAAUUUCUAUGCAGAACAAGGUGGUCAGAUCUUUGAUACUGGAUAUAUAGUAAAAUUAGGAGACGAAAGUGUGGAAUUUACUGUAAAAAAUGUUCAGAUAAGAGGUGGUUAUAUAAUUCACAUUGGAAACAUCGAAGGAACUUUAAAAAAGGGAGAUAAAGUUACCCUACACGUCGAUACGGCUAGAAGGAGGUUGAUAAUGAGCAACCACACUGGUACCCAUGUACUUAACUAUGCUCUUAGAAAAGUUCUAGGUACUGAAGCUGAUCAAAGGGGAUCCCUAGUGGCGCCGGAUAGAUUAAGAUUCGAUUUCACCAACAAAGGAGCAAUGUCAACUGAACAAGUUAAGAAAACUGAAGAAUUUUCUAAAGAGUUGAUCUCGAAAAACGGCAAAGUUUAUGCUAAAGAAACGAAUCUAGGUGUAGCUAAAACAAUACGCGGACUACGAGCCGUAUUCGAAGAAACUUAUCCCGAUCCUGUUAGAGUAGUUUCCAUAGGAUUACCGGUGGAACAAUUGGAAAAAGAUCCUUUCGGUCCGGCAGGUGAUAACACCUCUAUUGAAUUUUGUGGAGGAACUCACGUACAAUAUGCCGGUCAUAUUGGAGAUUUUGUUAUAUCCAGCGAAGAAGCCAUAGCUAAAGGAAUAAGGAGGAUAGUAGCAUUAACUGGUCCUGAAGCUAAUAAGGCUAUUAAAAAAGCAGAAUUGUUUGAUAACAGAUUGAAUCAAUUAAAAUCUGUUAUUGAUAGUGAUAAAGAUUGCGCUAGAUCUAAAGAACACGUUAAGAAUAUCGUUGAAUUAACAGAACAAGUUUCUCACGCUCAAAUACCGUAUUGGAAAAAAGACGAAAUCAGAAAUACUCUUAAAAAUCUUAAAAAAACUUUGGACGAUAAAGACCGCGCUGCCAAAGCAGCCGUAGCUAAUAAAGUAGUCGAAGACAUUAAAAAUUUCGUUAAAGAGAACGCAAAUUUGCCAAUUUUGGUAAAAGAAUUGAAGGCUUUCAACAAUACAAAAGCUCUAGACGCAGCUCUGAAACAAGUUAGAAAUUUGAGUCCGGAAACUUCUGCUUUGUUCUUGACUGUAGACGAAGAUUCUAAUAAAAUAUUUUGUUUAUCUUCCGUACCGAAAAGUGCCAUAGAAAAAGGUCUCAAAGCUAACGAUUGGGUCCAAGAAGUAGCUAAACGACUCGGGGGUAAAGGUGGCGGUAAACCCGAUUCGGCUCAAGCUUCGGGAAAUAAUAGUUUACCGAUUGUGAAUAUAUUAGAUCUGGCUAAAAAGUUUGCCGAAACUAAACUCGCCUGAUAAUCGUAAGUCAAAAAUUGUUUAAUAAAUAUUUGCAAGUU